AUGUCAUUCACUGCUGGUACAAAUACCUUCUCAAAAUACAACUCUGAUGAUUUGGGAUUAGGUCAUAAUGGUGUCAAAAUCUCAUUGAAUUACUACGAAGGUUUACCUGACCCUGCCCUUUUAAAUUCUUUGACCUCUAAUGAAUUGAAAUUGAUCUUCAAGUCUAUGUCUAAAAGAGAUGACACAACUAAGGAGAAGGCUCUUAUAGACUUAUUGAAAUUUUUAUCAUCACUGGAACAAAAAAAUGAAUUAGAAGAUAAUAAUGAUAUUUUAGUUCUUUGUUGGUCUCAAACCUAUCCGAAAAUGUUAACCAUGGAAUCCAAAUCAAUUAGGAUUCAAGCACAUCAAAUCACUUCCAAAUUGAUUCAACUAUUGAAGAAGAAAAUUUCCAAAUUUUUAAACGAUUUAAUACCAUUCCUUCUAUUAGGUACCUGUGAUACUGAUUUGACUGUAAGUAAAAACUGUCAAACUGAAUUGGUUCAAUGUUUCAAGAAUGAAAAAAAUAUAAACAAUCUAUGGAACAUUUUCCAUAAGGAAACGUUACAAUUGAUUAAUUCAAUCAUCUUGAUUGAAACUAAGGAUACUCUAUCCGAUGAACGUUAUACUACCAAGGAAGAAUCCAUUUUCAAAUAUAAAAGAAUGUUGACUGGAGCUCUGGAUUUACUAUCUAAUAUAUUGAAAUAUAAUAAUGGCAUGCAUGAAUUCAAAUCCAUGUAUAAAACACUAUUGUCUGAUGAUUCAGCACUAUGGAAUACAAUAGAUUUAAGAUCAACUCAAAAUAUCAAGACAUUUCAAUCAGUAUUAUCAUUAAUUGAACUCCUGUAUGAGAAAGAAUAUUUAUCCUCUCAUAAAUCUGUUUUGAAGCAUAUUACGAGAAAAUUAUUUAAGGCAAUUACCAAUAUAUCCAAUAAAAAUAUUUUGAGCUUUAACCGUAUAAUUCCACAAAUUAUAAACAUCUUUAUCCUGUUGUCAAAUUAUAAAAAUGGAAAAAUAUGGUCAUAUGAUAAAACUGCCAAAGAAAAACUGCUAAUCUUCUUGAAAGUUUCCUGUUCAAAUCCAAUACCAAGUUUUUUUGAAUCAUUAUAUGAUUUAAUUUCUAAGAUAUCUACUUUUGAUACACCAUUGUUUGAUGUCGAAACAGAAUGGCUACCAAUAUGGCGUAAUUCUUUAAAGGGCCUUAAUGAAAAAUCAUUCUUAGGACGUUAUGGUGCUCAACUAUUUAAUGAAUUUUGGAUAUUUUAUCUGAAAUUUUUUGAUUCUUCUCCCGCUUCUUCUAUCUUAGAUAAACGUUCAUUACAAUCAGAUAUUAUCAACACUUUAAAGAAUAAUAAAUCUCUUUCAUCACAAUUACCUGAUUUGAAAGAAAUAUUGUCUACUCGUGCUGACUCAUAUAUGUUAUUACAGGAAAUUCAAAUUUAUUUAAAUUUAGAUUCGAGUUUACAAAAGAACGAACCAAAAUACUAUCUAGAUAAUUUAUUACAAUUGUUACUAGCGUCCUCGUCCUCCACUACUGAUGAAAAUAAUCAUCCAUCAUCUAUCGAAUCAUUAUUUAAACUUGCUUUUGAUAUUUUAUCCAGGGAUCCGUCUGAUACCGUGGAAAAUAAACCAGAUAUUAUCAACAUUUUCCACUUAUUGAUUAAUUCUAAUAUUCAUAUUUUAAAAAAUCAGAUUUCAGCUCUUAUUUAUGAAUUACCGGUUUGGUUAGAACAAUCUAACUAUGGUACCUUCUCUAAAAUGAUCAUCGAAUUUUCCAAUUCAAAUUAUUACACAAAUAAUGAAAAUAAUGAAGAAGUCGACCAAUCAAUAGCUGAUUUCUUUAUUGCAACAUUCUCAAUAGAUAUUCCAAUUGAAAAAAUCUCUCAAACACUAAUUUCAAUCAAUAAAACGUUAUAUGCUAAACUGAUAAGCGAUUCAUCCCUAGGUAUUCAAGAAUUCAUAAAUAACUAUUUGAAACAAUAUAAUUAUAAUGAUCAAGGUUUAUUAUUUAAAAGUCCGUUGCUUAACAUAGAAAAUAUUUCCAUUCUUUCCGAAUCAUCUGUCCAAAACAGUGAGAGAUUUGAAAAAUUUUGUUCAAAUUUGAAAUAUUUAGAUCCAAUUGUUAAGGAACAUCUUUUCAAAAAUACUAAUUUUAUUGAUAAAUUCAUGUUUUCAAUGACUAAGGCUGAAACUAUUCAAAAGGAUAUUUGGAUGCAGUCAUUAGCAAUCAUUCGUACCAACGGGUCAAAUUCAAUUAUUUCAAAUAAAUUAGCUCAUGCUAUUAUUGAAAUGAUUAAAUCGAGCCCAAGAAAUAUCCCUUUUACAACGUAUAUUUCCUAUACUAUUGAAUUGAUGCAAACAGAUCCAAAUACAUCAUCCAUAUUUUUACCCUCAGACAUUGAUAAAGAAUUCAUGGAAAAUGUUCCAUGUUUAGAUUAUAGAUUGUCAACUGUCAAUACAUUAGCAAGGAAUGUUCAUAUCCUACCGACAGAAGAUAAAUUGAUGGACUUUGUACAAAUACAACGAUUUUUACGUUACGGUAUCUUCUUGGAUUCAUUGUUUGAAAAAGACUCGACCCUUUUAAAUGAUUUCUAUACGGUUUUCUUAACAAUGCUUUCAGAAUUAGGUUCUGAUUUUAACUGCUUAUCACCAAUACCAGAUGACUCAUUCACUUCAUUUAAACAUACAAUAUUUAAGACUAACACGAACGUCUCCAAUUUCAAAGAAAUUAUUGAUGAGUUGACAAACACCAGUGAAAAUGGAACUUCAAGCUCUUCAAUAAUAAAUAUCUUGAAUUCAAAUAAAUCUCAAGCGAUUCCUUUCUUUUACAAGUCAUGUGUAUUAUACAAAAUUUUAUUAAACGAAAUGGAUUCAGUAUCAACAUCAACAAUGAAUUCAUUCAUUCCAUUAAUUGAAAAGUUCGUGGCAACUACCAUAAGAUCUAAAGAAACAAACGAUUCAAACUAUUUAAGGAGUUCAAUUAUCUUGAUUAUAUUUGGGAAAGCUAACAAUAUUGUCAGCGAAAAUUUAACAAAGUUAAGAACAUUGCUAUCAUCAGAAUGUAUUGGUGUUCGUGAGACAGAGUUGGUUCAAAAAACAUAUAAAACCAUUAUUUUACUGAUCAAUAUCUUAAAGGAGUCUGAUUAUAAUAAUGAUGCAACAUCCAUACCUAUCCCAUUACAAAGAAUAAGUAUGAUGUUGAACUCUAUUGGUAAAUGGUUAGAUAGUGAUAUUGCUUACGAUCCUGAAUUUAACGUUGUUAGAUUAACAUUAAUGGAACUAUUGUCACUAUUAUUGAAAUAUCCAACAAUUGCUGAAUCAUCUACUGCAUUGAUCCAAUUAUCUGGAAGGUUACUGCUCGAUUCUUCAUCAAUGUGUCAAUUAGAAGAUACCCCAUAUUUAUUAGAAUUAAGAUUGUAUUGUUUACAAUUAUACAACAGUUUAUCGCAGUACGGUGAAUUAUUAGAACAACAAGAAGAUUGUAAAAAUGACAUCGUGGAAUUACUCUUUAUUGUAUUCCCCACUGAAUUGAAUAAUCAACUAUCAAUUAUGUUUUACAGUUCGUUGCAGAAAAUACUAAGUACUUUCAAACUUAAAGAAUUGGUUCCCUUGUAUGAUAAGACACUCGAUUUCAUUUUGAACAAGUCUAAUAUGAUUAAUAUAAAUCAAACUAGAACAUUGAUGGAAUUAUUGGUGAAAAUAAUCAAGGUGAAACAACAAGAUGCAAUUAUUGAAUAUGAGUUUAAACAGAAAGAAAAUGAAACUUCAAGUGAUAAAGAUGAUGAGGAUGACAGUGUAAAUUCCAACGAUUUUAAGAAUGAGUUUAAAUUACCAGACAAGUUGAUAUCGAUUUUGUCAAAUGAAUUCCCACAAGAAUAUUUAGAAUACGAAGAUCAUUAUAAAUUCAUCAAUUAUUUAUGGAAAUGGCAUAUUACAUUGACAUUUUUCAAAGAUAUCUCGUAUAAUAUGCGUCAACUUUUUAUUGAACAAUUGAAAUCUGAAGAUUUAAUUGAGCAAAUGUUCAAUUUCACAGCUGAUCAAAUUGAUUUAAAAGACAAGGAAUUUUGGAAAUCUUCAGGAUCCGAGGCCAUUUCUCAAUAUAAUUUACUAGAAACUCAAUUCUCACCAUACAAGGAAGAUAUCUUUGUCGAAUGUAAAAGAUUAUUAGGUCAUUUAAUGUAUGAAUUAUUCAAUAAUGUUGGAUCAUUAACUAGUAAUUGGUGGUUGAAUAUUAAAGAUAGAACGUUACAAAGCAAAAUUGAAACUUUUGUAUCCCAAUUUAUUUCGCCUAUAUUAAUAUCUCAUGAAUUGGAUGAUGUUUCACAAAAGAUAGAUCGUUUAACCUCUAAAGAUGAUGCCCUUACGAUAAAGAUUAACAAAGUUACUAAUGAAGUUAAGGCAAGUUAUUUAAUUGAUGAACAAAAAUUAGAAAUUAUUUUCAAAUUACCUAAGAAUUAUCCAUUGACGAGCGUUGAAGUUAUCGGUGCAUCUCGUGUUGGUAUCAGUGAACAAAAAUGGAAACAAUGGUUGAUGUCCACUCAGCAUGUGAUAACAGGUAUGAAUGGAUCAGUAAUGGAUUCGUUAGAUUUGUUUACUAAAAACGUCAAUUUACAAUUUUCCGGGUUUGAAGAAUGUGCCAUUUGUUAUUCCGUUUUACAUGCCGUGGAUAGGAAAUUACCCACAAAGACAUGUCCAACCUGUAAAAACAAAUUUCAUGGAGCAUGUCUUUACAAAUGGUUUAAAUCUUCUGGUAACAACACAUGUCCAUUGUGUCGUAGUGAAAUUGCGUUGCGCAGAUAG